CAGAUGGAGCUGGUAAUGAUCAUCACUGUGCUAAGCAUUUUCUUCUCUGGUUUGCUUCCCCACUGUUCUGCUUCUCCGCAACUUCCAUUAAUGAAACCUCCUCUUCAAUAUCAAGUAAAUGGCCACCAACUUUUUCUCCCACCAUUCCCAAGGAAGCUUAUGAGCACUGAGCAACAGGUUAAAAAACUUGAAGCUACACUUGAUGCAUCGAGAAAAGAUGACAAGGAAAACUUUCCAGGGAAGGAAGAAGAAAGAGAGCAGAAGACGAAGGUGGUGGGGAAGAAGAAAGGGACAAGGGAAGAAUGGGAGGAGGGAGACGAUCCUUCACAGUAUUUCACAAUGGAUUAUAGCAGAGUGAGAAGACGACGGCCUAUACACAACAAGAACAUACCUGUAGCUCCGUGAAACAUGGGAGCUAUACCAUUUUACACAACACCCCAGAUUUAAAUUAACUAGCUUUUUUCAUUUUUCUUAAUGGACACACAGUUUUGUAUUGGCCCCUGAAUUCGUGUGUCUUGUAAUUAGGUUAUAUUGUAGUACGAGUAAUAUAUGUGUUGUCG